ACCACGGAAAGGAAGUAAACGAAGAAGAAGAGAUCCUGUUCCAAAGUUACAUUCUCAGCGAUGGAUGAACACCCCGAGGAAUCUCAGUCGCAGGAAUCUUACGUCACAUCGCCCACGGAGACGCUCCCUCGUCUUAGCCAGGCGCCGCGCCAAAGGCAGCGUAACCCGGACGAACGUAGAGACAGACGGGUCGAGGCAGAAGACGUCGCCGAAGAUCAAGAAUACCUGCUAGACGUCGACGCGAGCUCGAAGCGACCGCGCCAUGAAAGAGAAUAUAGCCCCGUCGCUCAGCACUAUGACGAAGGCCGCGAUGGAAGCCCUAUGCAGGCUGGACUGUGGAUGGAUAUCGUGGAGAGACAAAGAGACACCACCCGGGAUGACGGAGAAGAAACGGGCGCAACCAGGGCAUCCGAGACCCGCGACGAGGGCUGCCAAAUCCCUGCAUCGAUCUCGGAAGCUCGAGACGUGCCUAGGAGGCGAGAGCCAAGGGAAACUGAGGUGAGAAAGGACGUCCGCGCAAGAGCGCCCGCGUCCUGGGCGCCGAAGUACGAGUUUUCGACGAGCUCGUCAAGUUCGGAGCUGCAGCCGAUAGACCUGCCACCGAUGGGAAACCGGCAACCCGCGGCCAGGUCCGAGAGACCAGUGGAACGUCGGAAGAGUAGCAAAGCCAGCGUGGGCGGGACGUCUACGGCUUCGGGCCGACUGCAAGCUUCGACCGCGAGCGCGUCGAGGAGUAAGAGCCGUGUGUCGCGAGCGAGUUACAAGCCGACACGAUCCGACGCAACCGCACCGCCGCAUGACGGUCGACCCUCGGACACGGCGCCACGGACGGCUGGGCCAGGCCCUACAAAGACAAGCACGUCGCUUAAGGACCCUACCCACGCGGAUUCCACUGUCAAGACUCCACGGCAUCCGAGACAACCCAGCCGCAGCGCUGUCAGCCACAGCAAUAUCAGCCGCAAGUCUAUCACGAAGCAGGCGUCUCAAAGAUCCAUCAGUGCUGGUGCAGCGGGCAGGACACCCCAGCCCUCUGCUGAGCCGAACGUCGCCGAAGCCAGCCGAGUCAGCACGGCUUCGGGGAAGCGACAGACUCCAGGAAAGUCCCCGGCCCCAACGUACCGCGACGAGAGAGGCAGCGCGAUCAGUGCUGGUCGCCGGUCACUGGCGUCCAAGGCAAGCGCCGAUAGCCGUCAUAGCCGAGCAUCCACUGGACGCCCUGGCGACCAGACCGGUGGCAGCAAGAAGACCAGCGAUGGCCCGCCGGGCCCGCGGAACGAGCGCCACCAGCACCCCGACUGGCAAGGCAACCUCGACGCGCAAAGAGACACAAGCGCAGCCUCGAUGUUACCGCUAGCCGGGGACAGUCGCUUGAGCGCCAAGUCUUCCCAGCGUUCGCUGAGGCCGAUCGGUCCGGAGGAAGUUCCCCUCGACAAGAUGCUGGAAGAAAAACCCAAAGGGAAACUCCUGCUGAUGCCCGACGGUACCUACGUGCGUCUCCAGGAGAAGAACGUAUGGAUAAGAGCGAUGCAAGAAAAGUACCUAGCCAUUGACUACAAGGCAUGCAGCAUCAAAGUAGGUUUCGGUCUGAUGCUCAUCGGCUUCAUCUACAUCAUCAUGUUUCGUCAGGAUAUCUUAUUAAACAUGGCUAUAUUCGUGCGAGAUUACGUUUAUGAUCCAGAUACAGACGCGCAAAGCAAGGAAAAAUACAAGCAUGGUAAUAAAACUUCUCCAGGAAAUCCUUCCAGCCCAGCAAACAGCACAGUGACAGUGCCGCCGACGCAACUUCCAAGCCACCUUGAUCGUCCGAACCGCGUGCGAGCUUGAAGAUCCAAAUAGCGAAUAGUCAUGACAAUUUAUCUAUUUAUGUGUACUUAUGUAUAAUUUAUGCAACAAACCCGGAGGAGAAUUUCGGUAUUUAAGACAAAGCACUAUUAAAGCGUAAGCUCAACUAUGUACUCAAGCUUAAAGACCGUGUUGGCACAAAUUACUCUUAUUUUUUAUUAGGACCGUCAGCAUCCCUAAAACCAUCCGAUUCAUUGGGUCGUUCGAGCUAUCAAUGUAAUUAUUAUGCUUAAGGUUUCCUAAACUGCGUUUGAAGUGUCCUAUGCGUAAAGGAAGUGGUAUCAUUAAAGGGACAUUUAAGGCAAAUACGAAGUCGACGUGUACUCUUUAAAUACCAUUCCAGAAAUGUCGCAACACUUGUUUCGCGACAAGAAAAGACUUAGUUUACGAGAAAAUUGCAUCCGAAGUAUCCGAAUAUCUUUUAAAAAAUUCAAACCUCCCGCCACCCAACCGGCGGAGAGGUGAUAUUGCAUACGCCAUCACCGCCUUCUGCUGCCGUCGGUGAGUAAAAUGGCGGCCGACAGACGGCGGUACCGAGCCGAGACACAGAGGUGGAUUCGCCGCUGCAGCUGCUUUUUGGUCAAGAGGACUAGACCGUUCGGGCAUCCCGCGACACCACGUGAAAGUUGAAUUCUCUGCUAGUUGCAGUUUUUGCGAGUUACGCGAGAUAACAUAGACAGCGCAUGCGCUACGCGAAAACGAAACUACUGAAACGCGAAAGCGUGGGCGGCACGGAGUCGAG